AUGAUCGCGGCCCUGGUAGUGCUCGCCGCUGGCGCUUCGGCGCUCGAGGCAACACCCCUGCGCAUCGGUACGCGCGGCUCUCCGCUUGCGCUCGCUCAGGCCUACAUGACGCGGGAGCUGCUGAUGAAGAACUUCCCCGAGGAGCUCGGCGGCGAGGGCGCGAUCCAGCUCUGCAUCAUGAAGACGCAGGGCGACAUGAUCCUCGACAAGGCGCUCAGCGAGAUCGGCGGCAAGGGCCUCUUCACCAAGGAGCUCGACGUGGCGCUCCUCGGCGACGAGGUCGACAUCUGCGUGCACUCGAUGAAGGACGUGCCCACGUGGCUCCCCGCGAAGACGGUGCUGCCGUGCAUGCUCGAGCGCGAGGACACGCGCGACGUCUUCAUCUCGCCGACGGCCAAGAGCCUCAAGGACCUCAAGGACGGCUCCGUCAUCGGCUCCGCGUCGCUCCGGAGGCAGUCGCAGAUCCUCGCCAUCAACCCGACGCUCAAGUGCGUCAACUUCCGGGGCAACGUGCAGACGCGGCUCCGCAAGCUCGACGAGGGCGUCGUCGACGCGACGCUCCUCGCCUACGCGGGCCUCAAGCGCAUGGACAUGGCCGACGAGGUCACGGCCGUCCUCGAGUGGGACGAGAUGCUCCCCGCCGUCGCCCAGGGCGCCAUCGGCAUCCAGUGCCGCGACGACGACGCCCGCGCGCUGAAGUACAUCGCCGCGCUCAACCACGAGGAGACCUUCACCUGCGUCUCCUGCGAGCGCGCCUUCCUCGCGGCCCUCGACGGCAACUGCAAGACGCCCAUCGCCGGCCAGGCCCGCAUCGUCGACGGCGAGCUCCUCUUCGACGGCCUCGUGUCGUCGCUCGACGGCCAGCAGAUGUACCGCGCGACCAAGACGGGCGCCCCCGCCGACGCCGAGAAGAUCGGCCGCGAGGCCGGCGAGGGCAUCAAGGCCGAGGCCGGCAUCGAAUUCUUUGAGUGGCUCAACCAGGAGGAGCCCGUCAGCGCGUAG